AAGCAGUAGAUAAUAAUAAAAUAUAACAAAAAACAGCGCUGUGAUAUUAAUGACAGUCAGCUACUGUUUCGACAGCUUUCAUAAUUCACAAAUAUUUCUAAAUCAGGGCAUUCGGCCAUCAGAAUAAAUAUUUUUAGUAAAUAAUGAUAUAGCUAUACUAUAUCAGAAUGUCUCCGGACCAAAAUAAAAAUGCGUAAAUUCGUUAAUUUAAAUUGUUUAUUAGAGUCCAAUGAACCGCCUAUUUACCCUAUCGAUGCCAUCCAGAAUUUAAGAAAAGUAGUCUUCGCACCACUAUCACAAUACAGACCAAUCAUUGGAGAAGCAUUGCAAAGGACAAAUUUCAAGUACCACAGGAGUUGCAGCCUUUCCAGUUUAAUACGGGAAUGUGAGGCUUCAGAAGGCCAGACAUUGCUUAUAUUUUGGGGCAGUCGGAGGUCAGAUAGUAGAGUCACAAUCAAUAUGUCUGCAUCGAGCUGCUCGUCAUUGCAGGUACCGCCGAGUGUGCACAGUCACAGUAAUCAGCACGAAAAAGAUUUGCGGUCCACGGCACAGCAGACUGAUAUUAGCUGCAGACUGUCACCCGGCGUCGCUUCUCCUGUUAACGUUAUGGAAUUACAAGAACAACAACUGUUGCGCGAACGACUCGCCGGAUCGCUGACGUACUCAUCUCCCGCUUCCUCGCUGCUGCAGCCCCACCCACGCUCCAUGUCCAUCCUGGGAUCAGUUUGUGCUUUGCUUCUAAAAAAACAGGGUUCGAGCGGCAAGGAAGCGAUAAGCGCGUCCGGCAGCGUGCAUUCGGAGCACAUCUGCCGCAUCUGCUUUGGAGGCGAGUCGGCCGAGCGACUGGUGCGGCCGUGCUGCUGCCGCGGAACCAUCGCCGCCGUACACCGCUCCUGCCUUGAGCGCUGGUUGUUACAGGCGGCCACCUCCUAUUGCGAGCUCUGUCGUCACCACUACGUCGUCACCAGAAGUCACAAGUGGUCUUGGGCCCGGUCGGUGUGGGAGUGGGGCGUGUCGGGUCGCGGACGCGCCCUGGCAGCCGACGUGUGGCGUGGCGCGGCGUUGGGCGCGGCCUCCGUGCUGGGCACGGCGCGCGCGUUGCACGCUUGUGACGCCGCGCUGCAGGCCGGAGCCCGACGGGGCGGCGGUGCCGCACUCGCCGCCAACCUCUUCUCCUCGCUGCUCAUCGGCGUCAUUGUGUACGGUGUGGCAGGUGCGCUGAACGGCUUGCUGACGACGUGGAUGCUGCUGAAGAUCCAGGAACACCAGGCCUCGUGGCGCGCGUGGCGCGACAGUACCCUGCACGUGCACGUGUCCCUGGGCGAGCCGUCGGCGGCGCCCAGCGACAGCUCACUGGCCACCGUGGUGGGCACGGCCGACCGCGCCACAAACGUCGCGGACCCUUUUAUGGUCAAUUCUCCUUUCACUCUAUCCGAGCUCUGACCUUCGUGUUUGCCGUCGACCACAUCGUCUACUUGAUCACCCUCCUACAUCGUCCCUAAUCGGGGUUAGACUCGCCAUGUCUCAAUUUUUUAUCCUAUUCGUUGUGUUCACUUUAGCCUUAUUUCUGCUGUCGGCUCUCCUCUUGCUCGGUGGCGUAUCUCAGGGAUGUUGACAAAUAAAAUACGUUCCUAAAAUUGUUAAUCAUUUAAUCCUAUAAUAUAAAUUAAUAACAAUAAUCAAUUAAAUAAAGGCGAUUACAUCAAGCGUUUAUAUUAAUUAUGUCAGAUAAACAAUAACGUGUCGUUAAUUAUAUAAUAAGAAUCGGUCGAGGCCGGGGAUGCGGCUCUCUUAUGUGGAGUAAUAAGUUAAGAAGAUCCCGGCGCAUGACCUUGACAUCUCGAGUUAGACUUACGAACUAAUUAUUCAAUAUAAAAAUCACAUACAUCUUGAGAUUUAUUACAAUAAAUAGGAGGCCUUUGUCGAUAUUCCAAAACGAAAAGACCAUAAGAAGAGCUCGAGGCGUUUUCGUUUUCGACUAUCGCACAGCGAGACAGCGCAGCGCUGGGAGAAACGGCGAACUGGGCGGACACUGACGCUUAAACAUUUAAUCAACAAUCUUUAGACAAAUAUAAAAGAUUUGCCCUUUGGA